AGCUACACGGUUGUUACUUGUUUUUGAACACUCUAUAUUUUCUAUUUUUGAUUCUAAAAUUCCAGACAAGGAAUCUUCCCAACCAUUUUCCUUUUCUUGCAUGUGCUCUAUAAUUAACUAGUCCAAACCGAGUCUCCAAAAAGCAGGUUAUUGGAAGAAUUUGCUAUAUAUCUCCUUACAACCACACUGCGUUGUACUACUCAUCUCCUUAGGGUUCUCAAGGCUAGCUACUUCACGGUUUUUGGGUCCCUUUAGUAGAAUUUUCCAUGUUUCGCGCAAACCCUAGUUUUUAAUUUCUUUAGAUUUUUGUUCUUAAGUUAAUUACUUUGGGAUUUGAAAAGUUUAGGGCACGUUUGAUAACCAUUUCAAUUUUCAGGUUUUCGGACUUUAAGAGUUUAGCGUGCGUCUAUAUAGAAAUGGAUAAGUUGUAUGGUAUGACUUGUGAGAAUAAUGAAGAAGUGGUUGUAAGAGCAAAUAAGAGAGGGUAUGUUGCAGCUGAAGACAAAAAGCUGGAGCUGAGGCUGGGUCCUCCUGGAGGAGAAGAUCAUCAGUCACUUCUUUCCCUUGGUUGCUGCAACAACAAGAACAAUAUUUCUCAUGAAGCCAAAAGAGUCUGUCAUGAAGAGAAAAAAGAAGAGAGAAAGUGGUUGGCAAAAAGCUCAUCAGAUCCUCCAGCAAGUGCUUUUGAACUUACAAAUUCAACAGCAGCUCGUGACUCUGAUCAGAAAAGUAAAUGCAGAAUUGCACAAGCUCCAGUUGUCGGAUGGCCUCCGAUCCGUUCAUCCAGGAAAAAUCUUGCAAUCAGAUCAUCACCAUCAAGCUUUGCAAAGCCAGCAGCUGAUUCGGAGUCACCAAAUGAAACUUUGAAGGAGGGAAAUGGAAAAUCUGAUAGUACUACUUAUUCCAAGGACCACAUGUUUGUAAAGAUCAACAUGGAAGGAGUUCCCAUUGGAAGAAAAAUUAACCUCAAAGCCUAUGAUAGUUAUGAGAAACUCUCUUUUGCCAUAGAUGAACUCUUCCAAGCUCAAAGAACUUGUUGUGGUGUGGAGAAAGAAGACAAGAAGGGAGAGACCAAAUCAAUAACUGAAUCAUUACAUGGCAAUGGGAAAUAUACUCUGCUUUAUGAGGAUAAUGAAGGAGACAGGAUGCUUGUUGGUGAUGUCCCAUGGAACAUGUUUGUAUCGACGGCAAAGAGGCUUCAGGUAUUGAAGAGCUCACAGCUUUCCACUCUACAGCUUAGUAGCAGUCAGCGUGAAAAGACACCACUUGAUUCUACAAUGGAAGUUGGAAUUGGAAGAUGAGGCAAUAAUAAGUGGAGGAAUUCCCAUACAUGCGAUGACAUGAAGCUCUACAUUAUUUAGGGGUUUCCAUCAAGUUUUCUUUUCUUUUUUUCCUCUCUUUAAUGGCCUAAUUAAACCUUGUAUAUUAAGGGUGUUAAAGAUCACUUUCAUUUUCUGUUUUCUGUAUCUCCUUUUCUUGUUGAAAUGUUCAGGUUUACACCCUUUUGGGGCUUUUGUAAAAAGAAUUGUUCCUAAGUCAUAAUACGUUUGUCACUUAAUACUACGGUCUAGUGUUAUUUCACUUCA